AUGGUCACCAUCAGGGGAGUCUACGACGCGCUGACCGCCUCAUUCUUCUUAACAACAGGGACCAUGAUACUGACUGGCGGUGAUGUUGUAGAAAUGGGGUUGCAGUGUGUCGCAUUACUGGCAUGCUUGUUUUGCAUACUUCGAUUACAGGGUGUGCCGUCCAACCUGCUGAAUAGCCGCAAGAGCUCCUGCUGUGACAGUGGAGAGGAGGAGGAGAUGGAUCAGGAAGAGUUUGAGAGCUCCAUCUGCUUCAGGGGAGUCAGGAACCCAUGCUCAGUAUGCGGGUGCAAGAGGAGCGGAGGCGUCCGGGGAGAAACCAAGAGCGAUGUGCUCGAUCAGCAUGACAACGAUCAGAUCUGGAGAGAAUGCUUGUGGAAUAUGCUGCGAGAGAUUGACUCGGAUACGACGUUGAAAGUGAGAGGCAAAGCGGGAGGCAAUGGAACCUCGUCGUCCUUCAAUCCGAACAAGCAAAUCUGGAAUGGAGAUCAAGCGGGGGAACACAAAAGUGCGGGUUCAAACACCAAGACAUGUAAGGGGGCAUUGUUCAGGAAGUUUAGCUUGUGGAAGGUGAGGGAGAUUUCCAUCGCUGCCUUCGUUCAAUGGCGAAGGCUGCGAGAAGCUUACUGGAGGCGGGAGGCAGCCAGGGUGGACUGGUUCCUCUCAUGGCGCAAGCAACUUUGGAGAGCGCUGAUGGCGACGGAGUCACAACGGCAUGCCUUCAAUAUCCAUGAGAUGGAAGGGAAUAGAAACGGGGACCAUGGGAAGAAAGCGAAUGGCAAAGGGAGGGCUGUGAAAGGUCAUGCUGGUUCAAUAGAUCUGUGUGAAAUAGUGGGUAGACUGAUCCACCAGAAAGCGUUAUGUCAGAAAUCUGGCAGGAAGGUCAAGGGCGGGUUAUAA